AAUUUUCAACCUCUCACACCUAUUGUUCAUCUCGUCCUAGAACUUUCAAAGCUACGAAGCAUCAUGGGCUGCUGCUUGUUUGACUGCAUUGGAGGAUUUGUCCUCGGGAUUUUCCGAUGGGCACUUUUUUUGCUCAACCUUCUAUUUGUUGUUGCUGGAAUCAGCAUGAUCGUAGUUGGUUCCAUUGCUUUGAUCAACGUGCAGAGUGUUGACGAUUUUAUCGCUGAUCAGGCUGAAAUCGGAGCCAUAAUUUUGAUAUCAACUGGAGGAAUUACGUUCCUAGUUUCAUUUUUGGGCUGCUGUGGAGCGAUCAAAAGAACACCAUGGAUGAUGAAUACAUACGGAGCCCUUCUUUUCAUCCUCUUCGCAGUCCAACUGGCUGGUGGAAUCUUGGCAUUCUCGUACAAGUCGGAAGUUGAGACGGAGUUCAAGGAUUCACUGACACGUCUGGCCAAGCUUUAUUACCUUCCCAGUUUUGGAGGAGAACAGUUCGCUAAGGACGCCUGGGACAAAAUGCAGAGCGAACAAUUUUGUUGUGGCGUCGAAUCUUUCAGGGAUUGGGUGCAGAACAGGCCUGAGCUGCAGCCCGCAAUCGCUCCUGAGUCUUGCGAUUGCACCAAUGAUCAGGACGGAUGCGACCCUAGACUUCAGAUUUUCACGGUCGGGUGCUAUACGAAGAUUCAACCCUACCUCGGCCAGAUGAUCGAUGCCCUUGGAGGAAUUGGAAUAGCAGUUUCUCUAUUUGAGUUGGUAGCCGGAGUGUUUGCCCUUUGCCUUGCAAAUUCAUUUUCGGACAGAAAAAGAAGCAAGAUUUCCGUCUGAUUCAUCAUUGAUGCUCUUUCAUAAUUUCACAAAGUUUUCGAAAUCAUUACCAUACAAUGUGAAUGUUUAUUUGUAUCAUAAUCACUAAUUUCUAAUUUAAACAUUUGAUAAAAUUUAUGUAAAUCAAGUGUUGUAAAUAGUCACGUUUUUGUUUUUAUGUUAAAAAAAUUAUACUGCUUGAAUAAAAAAUAAAGAUAAAAGAAUGAUUUAUAGUA